AAGGAGAAGGCAGAGCCCUGGGGUGGCUCAGGUGUGACGUUGCUAAGGUGCCAAAGAUGAGAAGUGGCAGAGCUGGCACCAGGACCUGGUCUCUGUGUCUCUCCUACUGCCCUGGACUGGGGAAAAGCACCUCUGGAAGGGCGUGGGUCCAGAUGAGCAGGAAACACUGUGGGCUUCCUUUCUCCAGAUGCCUCUCAGAAAGAGUAAAAGCCAGGGAUCCGUCUUUGUCCGGAUACACGCCCCGUGGCAGGUGCUGGCCAGAGAGGCAGAAUUCUUGAAGAUCAAAGUUCCUACCAAGAAAAUGUACGAGAUCAAAGCAGGAGGCAGCAUUGCAAAGAAGUUCAGCGCAGCUCUGCAGAAGCUGAGCUCGCCCCUGCAGCCCCGAGUUCCAGAACACAGCAACAACAAGAUGAAAAACCUGUCCUAUCCGUUCUCCAGGGAGAAGAUGUACCUGUACAACAUCCAGGAAAAGGACACCUUCUUUGAUAAUGCCACCCGCAGCCGCAUUGUGCACGAGAUCCUGAAGCGCACAGCCUGCUCCCGAGCCAACAACACGAUGGGUAUUAACUCUCUGAUUGCAAACAAUAUUUAUGAGGCUGCCUACCCUCUUCAUGACGUAAGUACCAUUUUCAACAGCGUGCUCUCUGUAGUCUUCAGAACGUUGAAAACCACAACUUUUUCAGUGGCAAUGAAACGGGUGAAUACCUGCAGGCUGCUAUAUCAAGAAUGGGCGCGCUAUGGAGUGUUCUAUAAGUUCCAACCUAUUGACCUCAUCAGAAAGUAUUUUGGAGAAAAAAUUGGACUGUAUUUUGCCUGGCUGGGGUUAUAUACAUCAUUCCUCAUUCCAUCUUCUGUAAUUGGAGUGAUUGUGUUUCUUUAUGGAUGUGCAACAAUUGAAGAAGAUAUUCCCAGCAGAGAGAUGUGUGACCAGCAGAAUGCCUUCAUCAUGUGUCCCCUGUGUGACAAGUCCUGUGAUUACUGGAACCUCAGCUCAGCCUGUGGGACCGCGCGGGCCAGCCACCUGUUUGACAACCCUGCCACCGUCUUCUUCUCCAUCUUCAUGGCUCUGUGGGCUACCAUGUUCCUGGAAAACUGGAAGAGGCUGCAGAUGCGACUGGGCUACUUUUGGGACCUGACUGGCAUAGAAGAGGAAGAAGAACGUGCCCAGGAACAUUCCAGGCCUGAGUAUGAAACCAAAGUUCGAGAGAAAAUGCUAAAGGAGAGCAACAAGUCGGCUGUCCAGAAAUUGGAAACAAACACUACGGAGUCUGGCCACGAGGAUGAUGAAGAUAAACUGACCUGGAAGGAUCGUUUCCCAGGUUACCUGAUGAACUUUGCCUCCAUCUUAUUCAUGAUUGCCCUGACGUUCUCAAUCGUCUUUGGGGUGAUUGUGUAUCGAAUAACAACAGCAGCCGCUCUGUCUCUCAAUAAGGCUACACGCUCCAAUGUCCGGGUGACAGUGACAGCAACAGCAGUCAUCAUCAACCUCGUGGUCAUCCUCAUCCUGGACGAGAUCUAUGGUGCUGUGGCCAAGUGGCUCACCAAAAUUGAGGUUCCGAAAACAGAACAGACUUUUGAAGAGCGCCUGAUCCUCAAAGCUUUCUUGCUCAAGUUUGUCAAUGCCUACUCCCCCAUCUUCUAUGUGGCCUUUUUCAAGGGGAGGUUUGUGGGCAGGCCUGGAAGCUACGUCUAUGUAUUCGAUGGUUACCGCAUGGAAGAGUGCGCUCCAGGGGGCUGUCUCAUGGAGCUCUGCAUUCAGCUCAGCAUCAUCAUGUUGGGGAAGCAGUUGAUCCAGAACAACAUCUUUGAGAUUGGAGUCCCGAAGCUAAAGAAACUAUUUCGAAAGCUGAAAGAUGAGACAGAAGCUGGAGAAACUGACUCUGCCCAUUCGAAACAUCCAGAGCAGUGGGACCUAGACUACAGCUUGGAACCAUACACAGGACUGACUCCGGAGUACAUGGAAAUGAUCAUCCAGUUUGGUUUCGUCACCCUCUUCGUGGCCUCCUUUCCCCUGGCACCUGUGUUCGCCCUCCUCAACAAUGUCAUUGAAGUGCGGCUGGACGCCAAGAAGUUUGUCACGGAGCUGAGACGGCCGGAUGCUGUAAGAACCAAAGAUAUCGGAAUCUGGUUUGACAUUCUCUCUGGAAUUGGCAAGUUCUCUGUUAUCAGCAAUGCUUUUGUCAUUGCGAUCACCUCCGACUUUAUCCCCCGCCUGGUGUACCAGUACUCCUACAGUCACAAUGGGACUCUGCACGGCUUUGUCAACCACACCCUCUCCUUUUUCAACGUCAGCCAGCUGAAGGAGGGGACGCAGCCAGAAAACUCACAGUUUGACCAGGAGGUUCAGUUCUGCAGGUUUAAGGAUUACCGAGAGCCGCCAUGGGCCCCGAACCCUUAUGAGUUUUCCAAACAGUACUGGUUUGUUCUGUCCGCCCGUCUGGCUUUUGUCAUCAUCUUCCAGAACCUCGUGAUGUUCCUGAGCGUACUCGUGGACUGGAUGAUUCCAGAUAUCCCCACGGACAUCAGCGACCAGAUCAAGAAAGAGAAGAGCUUAUUAGUGGACUUCUUCCUGAAAGAGGAGCACGAGAAGCUCAAGCUGAUGGAUGAGCCGGCCCUGAGGAGCCCAGGAGGUGGGGAUCGAAGCAGGAGCCGGGCAGCCAGCUCAGCACCUUCGGGCCAAAGCCAGCCGGGCAGCGUGAUGUCGUCAGGCUCUCAGCACACCAACGUGUGAGCAGUUCAGCCUGCAGCAGAGGAGGGCACAGCAGCAGAGACACGCACGUGCACGCAAGCGCGUUCCUACCCCCACACGGCGUGCUGUCUGUCUGCAGGGGCCCGGCUUGAUGGGGUCUUAAAGAGGGAAUAUGUGUAGAAAGAAAGAGGCUGAGAGAAUGGGUGUAGGAAGGAAGAGAGAUGAUGCUACUUCUCAGAAACUUCAAGCUUAAGUUUCUUUUAGGUCCUCUUUUAAGCUGCAUCCUUUUGAGGUAUCGGAACCCCACUGGGGUCUCUCCACCCCAGAGUUCUCAGGCACUGCAAGCAUUCCCACAUGCCCUGGGGCACCCUCCUGUACUUCACCAUCAUUUCUGACUCUGACCAGCUGUAAGAGAAAUGCAGUCAGGAGCACGGCAUCCCCUACCUGCUAUCACUAGUGACUCAGAAAACUGAGUCACUUGCAGUGGGGCUGCCACAGCCUCAGCAGAUGCAAAUUAAGUCACAGGGCUGAAUGGUGCGGCCGCUGGACCUGAUAGGAAGAUGCAAAAGUCCAAACCUGGGCUUGUCUCCAGUUCACGUCACAAAAACAUUUGGAGCUAAAUGCAAGUAACUGUCAUUUUACGAAAGUUCAGGUUUAAAAUAAUAAAAUAAAUGGACACGUUCUUUAUAAAGA